CCAUCGUUCACUACUUUGCUAACGUGACAACAGCUAAACUUUGCGUUGUCACCAUAUUAAAAGAAUUACUGAGUAUUGUGUUCUAUAUCAUAUUUACCUUGUCAUAUUUAGCCUAUUCAGUGGAGGCAGAGACAGAUAAAAAGAAAAUCGCAUUGGCAAAUUUAAAUAAAUGCCACGAAGCGUUAGAUUUGGAGACUUCAAUAACAACGGCAAUGCUUUCAUCUUGUUUUAAAGCGAGCAACGCGAUAAUAAAAGCAGAGGACACUUGCUUGACAAUGGCAGCAUCUGGUUAUUAUGAUGAUGUGUUUUAUUGCUCUGUUUUGCAAAUAGAAGUACCAGUUCGAAGAGUUUAUGUGUGCCGCCUUUUUGAAUCUGGUGGAUUUCAAGGGUAUUUUCAUAACGAAGGGCAGUGUUUUAUUCAGCAACGCUUAGGUUUAACGAAUGACCUGUUACCCUACCAUGUCUAUACAAUGGAUGAUGUCAACAUGGAAAAAAUCAGAUCUAGAAAAUUAUACCAAACAAUGCGCAAUUCUGAAAAUUGCAACGAAAAAAAGAAGAAUGUAACUUCAAGGAAUAUAAAAGGCAACAAAAAUAGUUUUUACAAUACUAUGAGCUCGAUUAUGCCAACCAUACAGUCAGAAAAAGUGAAAUGUCUAUUUGUUUUUGGUAUUACGUUGCACAACAGCCAAAAGUUUGAGGCAAAUGAAAAUAAAAUUGAGAAUCGUCACGUUAUAUGCGAUAAUAAAGAAAUUUGUUCAACACUCCAACCUCAAAUUGUCAAAUAUCGUUCCAAUUUUCACAAAGCAUACGGAGAUGUCUCCUUCAGCAAUAUCCCUCUGUGAUUUCUC